AUGGCUUGGUUGGACGCAUCCAUGGCGCAGGAGGCUCGCCCCGUACCUGCAGCGUUGCUUGCUGCCGAGCCGAACUCUGCUGCCGAACCUCACCCUUAUGGUCUUGCUUCGGAUCCUGCAGCUGCUACUGCUGCUAAGCAAGGAGGAUCCGCGUGCUCCCCCCUGGCCUCAGCCGUGCACAUCCGCGUCACCAAGGAGGCCGAUUUCAUCAAGCGCACCAGGCACCCCCCCUCCACCACCGUCAUUCUGGAGCUUCAAACCCACCUGACUCUGAAGCGAGGGCUGCUGUUUGGUCCGGACUAUGCGUGCACGGUGCUGCGAUCGAGCGCGGGGACCAAAGGGAGGGGGUAUCGGCUGUACGUGCAUCGAGUGGAUGAGCCGCUGCUGCGCGUGUGGAACACCAGCAAUGUGAUCGUGCAGCGCGUGCAGAUGUCACAGCCAUUCCGAGCCUACUCACAGGCAUGCCCCAAGGAGAUUCCCGAAGUGGGAACAGACAUCAUCUGCCCUCUCAUCCACGUCUACCGCUCCUACGGCGUUCAGAUCGUUAAAGGCUACACGUUUGGCCGGGUGGACAUAAUGCGGACCAUGCACAGCCGCAUUGACUCGAUGACGAUGACAGGCGUGUCCGACUUCAAGAGGGGCAACGGAGUGAUCCGAGUGAUGCUGUCGGGGUAUGGGCCGCUGCUGGUGCGGGCUUACAUCUACAUCACCAACAAUGAGAUCUAUGGCGCGUACAUGCCAGUGCUGUUACACGUGGGAGCGGUGGGCGUGGUCGUGAGGAACAACUACGUGCACGACUUCGUGUUUGCUGGAAUCACGUGCGGCAACAUGGUGCACUCACAGGGCGACUGCAUGCUGAGCAGCAUAUCCAACAACCUCGUUGUUGCAGCAGGACGGAACCACCAUAUCUACGACCUCGUUGUGGCAGCAGGCCGGAAGCUCAACACCCCCCACUCACUUCCAUCCCCCCCCUCCCUCUCCCAUCCUCCCUCCCAGGGCGACUGCAUGCUCAGCACCAUCUCCAACAACCUCGUUGUGGCAGCAGGCCGGAACCUCACAGGGGGCUGGGACGCCACAGGGAUAUACUUCGUAACGCACUGGAUUAACCCGGUUGCUCUUCCCUCCACAGGAGCCAUAUCUUUCAUGUGGGCACAGAGGGCACGCCGGGGCGGUGCACGUGCCUCACUGCCACUCGAUCACCCUAUAUCCUACUGCAUGACCAUCCCUUGCCCUUUCGCCCUAUCUUCCCUCCUCAGGAACCGCAUAGAGCACGUGGUGAUGAAGGGCACGGAGGGCACACCGGGGUGGUGCGCGUGCAUCACUGCCACCAUCUGCAACUGCCUCAAGGACCCGGGCAACUACUGGGACCGCAUGCGAGCCAAGUACUAUGGCACGGCUGCGUUUCAGCAGGACCUGGGCAACUACUGGGACCACAUGCGAUCCAAGUACUACAGCAGUGCCGCGUUUCAGCAGGUGGAUCUUGUGCCCCUUAUAAGCCAACUCAUAAGAUGUUCUAGAGCAGUGUGCAACUGCCUCAAGGACCCGGGCAACUACUGGAACCGCAUGCAGGCCAAGUACUACAGCACUGCCGCUUUUCAGCAGGUAUUUACCCUUUAUAGGCCAACUCAGUAA